CACACGAGGGUGCUCCGGCCAGCACAACGUCGGAAUACUCACUAUAAUCGUGCCGUGACAUUGUCGGGUAAAGCACAUUGUCCUGUGAUAGUGGACGUUGUGCAUUGCGAAGAUGGCAAGGGAUUGAAAUGUCUUAUUUUCGUUAUUUUGGGAUCCGUCCCUCCUCAAUUCUUCCGUUGAGAUAUGUAUUGAUCUUUUAUAAAGAUGUCGUCAUCCUGUAUGUUCAGCCUGGGUCGGUUCGUUGAAGGGCAGAGAUGUAAAUGCGAAGGGGAGCAGAGUAAUUCACUCGAUUGUAAAGCCUGAUGUUCAUCUUUGGAGACUAAUAAAAACCGCGCUAAUGGAGAACACGUGCUUACCGGUGGUCUCACUGGAGCGGAAGGUGGAGAGUGUGGAGAGGAGCAUCGUGUUCCUGCGACAGGAGCAGCUGUCACUGCUGCAUGGACUACACCUGGAGAUUCUCUCCCUCCAGAAACGCUGUACAGAGCUUACACAAGAACUCAACAUUAAGCCACCAGGCAGGAGUGAAGCAGAGGUGCUGGAGGAAGAGGAGCAGUUGGCAGCCCGUUGCCAAGAAGUGGAGGAACAUCUGCAGGAGCAGCAGAAAAUGCAGAGCGACUUGCGAUGGGAACUGAGCCAGAAGGCGGUGCAGGUGGGCUCUCUCCGUGCCAAUCUGAAGGAGAAGGAGCGCCGUUUCCUGGAGGAACUCAAACAACGCAGCCACAGGACCACUGCACUCAACACUGAGCUGCAGAAGCAGACAGAGGCGGCUGCAUAUCUCUCCUUCCAGCUGCAUUCUGCAAAGCAGAAACUGCAGCAGCAGCGCAGGAGGCCGGCCCUGCCCAGUGCAGACAAGCCCCCCAUCCACCCCUCCCCUCAGGCCAGUGGCAGCAGCUCAAAUGUGGUCAAACCUAAACGGCGUAGCUCAAGCAGGCUGUCUUCACACUUCCACACUGAGCGCACUAGGGAGUGCGUGCCACGCGAGAGGGUGACGGGCCCUGAGGAGCCCAUGGCGAUGCCUGACCCUGCCCUCUUCCUCUACCACUAUAGACACAGAGCUCGGCCCCGCCCACCGCACAGACACGCUCUGCAGGAGGCGGAGGCAGGGGAGGAGUCAGAGGAUCUUGAUCAGGGAGCUUCAGUGAGCAGACUGGCAACAACAGUAGCGAAAGCCACAGCAACUACGGCAUCGACUACAGAGAACACUGCAGAAUGAGCAAUUAAUUUACAUUUCACCUCAAAAACCUGCUUGUUUUUAUGAUAUUUACCCUUGGAUUGCACCUUGAGUCUCCUGGGACAACCUUGCUUUAUUUACGACAGUGACAGAAAUGUUUAUAUUUGCAAUGCAGUUUGUACAAUUUUUGUUUUACAGUUUGUACUGCUAUGAUGAAUAGCCUGAGGAGAGAUUUCUGCUUACGUUCAUUUUGAACAAAAUACAGGUGAAACUCGAAAAAUUAGAAUA